AUUGUAAUAGUAAAUAAUGCAGUAAAUAUACGAAAAAUGGGUAAGUAACGGUGCGCAAAAAAUCAUUCAAUAGUAUUUGAUUUACCUAUGAUUCUUUAAAUCAUUUAACAGAGGAAACGAAAAAUGAAACACUGGAUCUCUCUAGGCGUGGGCUAAAGAAAAUAGAGAAAGCGCCUCCAGAAGAAUCAAAAACUGUUUUUAAUUUGAUCCUCGAUCAAAAUGAACUGCAGCGUCUGGACAACAUUGACAGUUACAACCGUGUUGAAAACUUGUCAAUAUGCAACAAUUUUUUGCUAAGGAUGCAUGGUGUAUCUCGUCUAGUCAACAUCAGGGUUCUGGCAUUAAAUAACAAUGGAAUAUUACAAAUUGAGGGUCUAAAGGAUCUUAUUUAUUUGAAAGUGUUGAAAUUAGCCGGUAAUAACAUCAAGUCAAUUGAGCAUUUGAACAAUAAUAUGCAUUUGGAGCACCUUGACCUGUCAAACAAUCAAAUAUCUUUUAUAACAGACAUUUCGUACUUGAAGGGCUUGAAGCAUUUAAACCUGGAACGGAACCGCAUUACAGACCUUCGACAGUGCGAUCGUUACCUACCCACAGGACUAGAGUAUUUAGGGCUCGCACACAACAACAUCAAAGACCUCAAUGAAAUCUGCCAUCUUGUUCAUUUAUCAAAGCUCGAAAGUUUUAGCAUACAGGGUAAUCCAUGUGUCUCCUUAUCUGGGAAGGAUAAACUGUAUCCUUUUAAUACAAUUUAUAAAUUUAAGAAAAUAAUGUUUACAAGGUAUUAAUUUGAGAGUCGUGGUAGCUAUACGUGAUUCCCAGCUGCACCAAUAAAAUUGUUGAUUACAUUUUAAGUGUUUACCAAGUGCUAGGUGGUGAAGGAAGUCACCGUGAGGAAAUGAAAUGUUUUAAGCAGGGUUGGAAAAAAUAAUGAUUUUUAUAAAAAAUCGUAAUUAAUCACGAUUUUUUUUUCAUUUUAUUAUUUAAUUUAACUAUAUUUUUUUCGCAAAACGGUACGUGCCCUCAAGGGAUUGCGCGAAGACAGCGUGGGGAUUUCCCUUUUGUCUGACAUGUGAAUUAUACAUGGUGCUAAUGGAUAAAUUUAUUUAUUUUUGUAAAGUUACUUGUUCAUUUUUUUAAGAGAUAAAAUGUACAGUUAAAAAUAUUACUUACUUUCGUAUUGAAUUUUUAUUUUUAAUCGGUUGAUGUUAAUUUUAUUGUUUAAAUUUUACGCGUGAAAUUUUAAUUCAAAAAACAUUUCUUCAUACUUUAACAGGAAUAGGACUCUCUAGCAUUAAAAAGUCUUAAAUAUAUUAAGAGCUAAGCGUAUUUAAAAGUUUAUUAAUUCAAUAUAAUUAACAAUAAAAUGUUGAUUAUUAUUAAAUGUUGAUGAUUAUUAGGUAACUAAAUAUAAAAGUUUUAUAUUUUCUGCUUUUCAAAUGAUUUUACUAUUUUUAUUCAUUCUUUUAUUAAGUAGACAUAAUUAUUAGUUAUAUCUUAUUAAUGUUCAGAAACAUUAUUUGUUCGAUAAAGUAUUUUUACAAUAAUUACAUAUUGCAAUCUUUUCGGUUCCGGCACAUUUUUCAAAAUGAUCCCACAGCUGUGUUACGUCUCGGCAUCAUAAACGGUGAAAAUUAAACUCGUAAUAAAAAUCUUAUAAUUGUACACUACACUAAAUAAUAAAAAACCAAAUAAAAAAUCUUAAUUAACUUCCCUAGUAUUUUUUCUCCAACUUUUUAUAUAAAUUCCUUGUAAUAUUUUGAUGGUAAACUAAACAAAAUAAUUUUAAACUGACGCGCUUCGUUUGAAUUAAUACCAACUACGAGUAAUAUUUCAGCCAAUAGCGUAACAACAAAGUACAUAAAGUUAACAUCACCCACUAAUGAACUCAACCAAUAAUUUAAUUUAAUUUAAUAGACAUAAAUAAUUUAAUUAAGAAAUUUUUGACUAGAGAUAGGUAUUACCUAUCUAAAUAUAUUUUAAGACAGAUAGCAAAUGUGCUAUCUUAUUGUUUAUAUAUUAACUCAGCCAAGGACUUGGCUACACAGACAUCUGCUCCUUUUGAGCAGUAUAAUGACUUAAGAUGUAAUUUGGAAUCAGUUCCAAGUAAUUUAAAUUAGAAAAUGAGACAAUAGAGGUAAUCUCUAGCAGUUGUAAUAAUUUAAAUAAUUUAGAAUGUAGCUUACAAAUCUUUAAUUGUAUGACUCCACAGAGUGAUAAUGAAAAUUGUUUACACCUGGUGCAUCAAAAUAUACAAGGCAUGAUAGGCAAAGAGCUAGAAAUUGAGUUGUUCUUAAAUAGCAACAAUAUUCAUAUUUUAUGUAUUACUGAACAUUGGUUAAAAGCUUAUAACUUAAUGUUUAACUUCAGUAAUCACCAGGUGGUCAGUUCUUUCAAUAGAGAAACGGUUUUAAGAGGUGGCUCCUUAAUAUUGGCUAGUAAAUUAUUGUCAUGUAAAGAACGUAAAGAUAUUGUGAGCCUCUCUGUUGAGCGAACUGUAGAAAUGGCAUGUGUUGAGUUUGAGUACCUCAUUGUUGUGAGCGUCUACAGACCCCCAUGUUCUAUAUAUGAUACUUUUGAAAAAAAUAUGGAGGAAGUUUUUGCUAAGCUUAUAAACAUAAUAAAUCUGUUGUAGUAUGUGGAGACUUUAAUAUCAAUCUCCUAGAAGCUUCCUCAAUCAAUAUUAAAUUUAGAUCAUUGUUUAAAUAAUAUGGUCUUUUUAAUUUAUUUUUAGAGCCAACGCGUAUUGCUCAAUCUAGUGAAACAUGUAUAGAUAACAUUUUUACAAAUGUGAAGCCGUUGCAUAAAUGUAUAAUUCAAAAAUUAAGUUCUGAUCACUGUGGACAAGUAAUUUCGUUACCUUAUGUUCACAAAAAGCAAGUAGAUGAGAAAGUUGUGUUUGUUCCAGUAAAUGCACGUCGCUUGGAGAAAUUUAGAAGUAACAUAGUGAAAAAACUUCCAUCACUUUCAUAUCAAAAUGAUCCAAAUUUUUUGUAUGGAACAUUAUUUAAGCUUAUUUGCAAUGAAUUUAAUAAUACUUUUACUUCUAAAACAUUCUCCUUGAACAGUCGGGAGUCAUUUAAUGAAUGGACCACAAUAGGAGUCCAUAAGAGCAGACAUAGGUUAUAUGAUCUUUACCAUGAAAGGUCAUAUAACCAUAGCGUCGAAUUUAGGGAAUAUGUAAAAAAAUAUUCGAAAAUAUUUAAAAGAGUGUGCUCCACAGCCAAGUCUUUGCAUUUGAGCAACAAAAUUAAGAUGGCUUCUAAUAAAAUUAAAAUGACAUGGAGUAUAAUUAAUAGCGAAACUGGUAAGAUCAACUCUCACAAUUCAAACUACCAGUUAAGUGUUAAUAACAAAUUAACCGAAUCAGAUCAGGACGUUGCAAUGGUUUUUGAGAAAUAUUUUACUGAUAUUCCGAUAUUAACCACUAAGUCACUGAAUUCUUCUACUGCCUUCGCCGAAUCAUUACUUAAACAAAAUGUGAAUGCGUGUACAAAGAAUUUUACAUUUCAUAAAGUAUCAUCAAAAGAUAUUGUAAAAUAUUUUAAAACUAUUGAUGUUAAGGAAACUGCGGAUCUGUGGGGGAUUUCCGUUAAAGUUAUUGCGUCUAUAAUAGAUACAAUCGCGCCUCAUUUAGCCAUUAUUUUUAAUACUAGUAUCGAAUCUGGUGUGUUUCCUGAUUUAAUGAAGUAUAGUAAAGUAAUACCUUUAUUUAAAUCUGGUAGUACAUUAGACCCCGCCAAUUUUAGACCUAUUUCUGAACUACCAACACUUAGUAAGAUUUUAGAAAAAGUUAUUCUUGAUCAAAUGUUAAAUUUCUUUAAUAUAAAUAAUUUACUUCAUAAAAAUCAAUUUGGUUUCACAAGGGGUCGCUUGACAACUGAUGCCGGUGUUGAGCAGAUUAAAUAUAUAUUUAGUGCAUGGGAGAAUUCACAGGAUGCUUUGGGUAUAUUUUGUGACCUAUCCAAGGCCUUCUAUUGUGUUCACCAUGAAACAUUAAUCAGGAAAAUUCAACACUACGGUGUAAGAAGUGAUGCUCUUAAAUUAAUUAUUUCAUAUUUAAGUAAGAGAACGCAAAUAAUUGUCAUUAACAGUAUGAGUUCUUCCGGGUCGAUGGUACAAAUGGGCGUGCCUCUAGGCUCAAUUCUCGGCCCCUUUCUGUUUCUUGUAUACAUUAAUGACUUACCUUACAUAGUAGGAGAUAACCAUGAUAUAGUAUUAUUUGCAGAUGACACUUCUUUAAUUUUCAAAUUAAGUCGACAAUUGCUAAAAUAUGACGAAGUAAAUAAUGCUAUAUCUAAAUUAGUAAAUUAGUUCAAUGUUAAUAAUUUGUAUUUAAAUGGCACUAAAACGAAAUGUAUGAAAUUCGUGACUCCAAAUGUCAAACAAUUAAAUACUAAUGUAAUUUUAAAUGGGGAGAAACUGAGUCUUGUAAAUACCACCAUUUUUCUUGGAAUCACACUAGACGCGAAGCUUCAAUGGAGCCCCCAUAUAUCAAAACUAGCAAGCAGACUUAGUUCUGCAUAUGCCGUAAAAAAGAUUAGAAUUCUAACUAGUUUUGAAACAGCUAGACUAGUUUACUUUAGCUAUUUCCAUAGCAUAAUGUCGUAUGGUAUUUUGCUAUGGGGACACGCAGCCGACACUGAAAAUAUAUUUGUUUUACAGAAGAGGGCCAUAAGAGCAAUUUAUAAUUUAAAGCCUAAAGAGUCGCUGCGACAAAAAUUUAAGGAAAUUAAUAUAUUAACUUUGGCCUCUCAAUACAUUUAUGAAAAUGUAACGUACGUACACAAAAAUAAAAGUAGUUUUACAAAAAUAACUGAUAUUCAUUCUGUAAAUACUAGGAACAGACACAAGCUAGUAGUACCAGUUACUCGACUCCAUCGAGUCAGUAAUUCAUUCUUGGGGCGAUGUAUGCGCUUUUACAACAAAAUUCCAGAAAACAUACAAAAUUUGACCUGCCCAAAGUUCAAAAACUUUAUUAAACUAAGUUUGUAUAAAAAGGGUUAUUAUAAUAUCAAAGAAUUUAUAGAUGAUAAUAACCCCUGGAAAUGAGGUGAUCGCUACCAAGCUAUUUCUAAUUUGUUGUGUUGUUAAUUUGUGUAACAUACAUGAUUGUAAGCUGUUAUUUAGAAAAAAAGUCCCGCUGGGUUUCUUGCUGGUUCUUCUCAGGACAGAGGUUUUUUUUUCGAACCAGUGGUAAUUAUACAAAAGAGUGACUUUCAAUAAGUAUUAUUUAUAAUCUAUAUUGAAUAAAAAAGUUUCUGUUUCUGUUUCAAUAGCAUUACAUCUAUAUGUUAAAAAUAUCAUUUCGUACGGUUUAAUAAAAAUAUCACUUCAAAAGAUUUAACGGCAAAUAAUUUAUUUAAUAUGAUAAUUAUCAACCACAAGUUCAGCAUAAAAUAUUGGAUACAAUUUUGAUUAAAUCAUUGAUUUUUAUUGAAAAAAUCAUUUGAUUCAAAUCGUGAUUUAAAUCAUAAUGAUUUAUUCAUGCCAACCCUGGUUUUAAGGACGUCUUAUGUCCACGAACACGCAUUGUUGCAGCGUGGCGGACUUAUAUACAACGUGUAACAAAAGCCCUGUGGUUCCCUUUAAAUGCGUUAUGAGAGUUAAUAUUCAAACCUAAAGAAAUAACUUUUUUCCAAAAACUUGAACAUUAAAAAAUUUAAUUUAAAUUAAAAAAAAAUUAAUUUGU